ACCAAAAGCUCGCGCAUCAGUCGUUCUCUAGUCAUUUCAGAGUUGAAAUUAUUCGACGGAAUCAAAGGAAAGUAGGAAAAGAGGACAAAAAUAUCAUCGAAAAUGAAGAGCACGUUGUUGAUCGUUUUAACAGUAAUGUUCGUUUACAUCGAGGCUAAAGCAGUACCAUCUGGCAAUGUCGAAACUCAAGCAACGUCUAAUAAACCUUUACAAUUGUCAGAAUUAAUUAGUCAAGCACAAGCAAAUAUCAAUAGUUUUACAGCUGAGCUACAAGAAAAAAUGAAUCUACCUGAUCAACAAACCGUCGUCAACACCAUCAAAGAGCAGAGCACAAAUUUCGUCAGUAAUUUACAGGAAUUCAUGAAAAAUGUGACCGAACAGGUUAAAGAGAAGAGUCCAGAAUUUGAAAGCUUAUGGACCGACGUGAAGGGCAAACUAAAUAAGGUAGUCGACGACAUCAAUGCUCAAAUUCCAGAUGCGCGUGAACAAGUCAAUCAAUUACAAGCCAAGUUACAAGAGGGAUUGCAAACCGUUUUACAAGAAUCUGAUAAAACGGCCAAAGCUGUUAGCCAAAAUUCGCAGAAAGUACAAGAAGAGAUUGGCAAAUUUACGAAGCAAGCUGUUGAACUUGCAGUCGAAACCACGCAAAAUCUAAACAAUCAAUUGAAACAAGCAGCGAAAACCAAUUAAAUCAAUCAAAUAAUCAUUUUCAAUUGGAUCAAUUUUUAUUUACGAAUUAACUAAUUACAAUUAACUCGCACAGUAUCGCAGUCUCGAUAAAAGUGACAAGAAAAAAUGCUGACGCGAGUUAUGACGAAAGAUCACUUUUGUAUUUGAAAAAAAGAAAAAAAAGAA